CCCCCCCUUGCAGUUUUCCGAGCUCAACCAACAUCCGGGCUCUUUACGCUGCGCCGGAGGCGGCGGCUGUACCAGCAGUCGUCGCAGCUGUCCUGGGCCCCUGCUUGAGAGAGGAGGAAGGGAGCGCGCGCGCGCGCGCGCGAAGGGACGGCAGGGAGCGCGCGCGCCGCACACAGCGGGGUGGAAGGAGAGAGAGAGCGCGCGGCGGCUCGGGAGCGCGCGUGUGCCGCUCAGGGAGGGGAGCGGGGUCUGUGGCGCUGCGCGAGUCGGCGGCGGGCGGCGCUGGGCUCGAGGCAGGGCGAGAGCGAGCGGGGUGGGGGCGGGAGGAGGACGAGGGGGGGAUGAGCUCUUGGUUCCCCCUGGCCAGAGAGCCGCUCUCCGCAGCUGCCUGUGAAUGAACUGAAGCGAGGCCGCCGGCCCGCCGGCCCAGCCCCGCCGCGGAUCCUCACCCCGGCCCCUCGGCGCGCAGAGCGCGGCCCUGCCCUCCCUCCGCUCCCCGGAGAGCCGGUGCCUUUGGCCGCCGCCGCGGGAACUGAAGGAACAAGUCAUCAUGGGAGCAUUUUUAGACAAGCCAAAGAUGGAGAAGCAUAAUGCCCAAGGGCAGGGUAAUGGGCUACGUUAUGGGCUAAGUAGUAUGCAAGGUUGGCGAGUUGAGAUGGAGGAUGCACAUACAGCUGUUAUUGGUUUGCCAAAUGGACUUGAUGGAUGGUCAUUUUUUGCGGUAUAUGAUGGGCAUGCUGGAUCCCAGGUUGCCAAAUACUGCUGUGAGCAUUUAUUAGAUCACAUCACAAGCAACCAGGAUUUUAAAGGGUCCGAUGGACCACCCUCUGUGGAAAGUGUAAAGAGUGGAAUCAGAACAGGUUUUCUGCAAAUUGAUGAACAUAUGAGAGUAAUCUCUGAGAAGAAACAUGGUGCAGAUAGAAGCGGGUCAACAGCGGUGGGUGUCAUGAUUUCUCCUCAACACACUUACUUCAUCAACUGUGGAGACUCAAGAGGUUUACUUUGUAGAAACAGGAAGGUUCACUUCUUCACACAAGAUCACAAACCAAGUAAUCCACUGGAGAAAGAGCGUAUACAGAAUGCAGGUGGUUCUGUAAUGAUUCAACGUGUGAAUGGCUCUCUUGCUGUGUCUAGAGCUCUUGGGGACUUUGAUUACAAAUGUGUCCAUGGGAAAGGCCCUACAGAGCAGCUUGUCUCACCUGAGCCUGAAGUUUAUGAAAUUGAGAGAUCAGAAGAAGAUGAUCAGUUUAUCAUACUGGCUUGUGAUGGUAUCUGGGAUGUUAUGGGAAAUGAAGAGCUCUGUGACUUUGUAAGAUCCAGACUUGAAGUCACUGAUGACCUUGAGAAAGUUUGCAAUGAGAUAGUCGACACCUGCUUGUACAAGGGAAGUCGAGACAACAUGAGUGUGAUUUUGAUCUGUUUUCCAAAUGCACCAAAGGUAUUGCCAGAGGCGGUGAAGAGAGAGGCAGAGUUGGACAAGUACCUGGAAAGCAGAGUAGAAGAGAUCAUAAAGAAGCAGGGUGAAGGAGUACCAGACUUAGUCCACGUGAUGCGUACGUUAGCAACUGAGAGCAUCCCAAACCUCCCGCCAGGGGGUGAAUUGGCAAGCAAACGGAGUGUGAUUGAAGCUGUUUAUAACAGACUGAACCCCUAUAGAAAUGAUGAUGCUGACUCUGCAUCAACUGAUGAUAUGUGGUAAAACUGCCCAUCUAGCUGUGGAACUUACAUUCAUCCUCCAGUUGAAAGUGCGGCCCAACCUCAGUGACCCUUCUUAACGUCCAUCUUCAACCUUAUUUAAAGAAGGGAUUAUGAUGUGUUGGUGAGAGUGACUACACCAGAAAACUACAGCAGUACGACAUCUAGCCCAGGAACUGAUGUUUUUUUUGUAAAACAGACUUCUGUAAACGUGAUUUCAAACCAUAAUUCAUGUUGUAAAUCAGACUCCAGCAAUUUAUGUUGUAUGAUUUUGUUUAUGUAAAGUGCAAUUGUCCUUGUACAAAAUGCUCAUAUUUAAUUAUGAACUGCUUUAAAUCACUAUAAAGGUUAGAAGAAAUGUUUGGCUUGUUGUGUGAUGCAACAAAUAUAUAGCCCUUUAAAUUUAUGUUGUGGUUUUGGAUUGCAAGGAGCAGCAGCCUAGCCAGCUAGAUGCUCAAGAGGUGCACAAAACUGUAAGAUUACUUUUUAUUUUAUAUAAAGCAGAACAUUCGGGCAAUUUAUCCCAACUGUAGUGUAUGAAUUUGCUUGGCAGUGGGAAAAAUAACUACCAUACUGCUCGUUCUCCAACAAACCUAUUUUUUAUGUUUUCUGUUGCUAUUUACUAUGGUCCCAGUCCUGCUGCCACUUGAAAUCAAUGAGGGUUUCAGCUGUGACUUCAAUGGAAGCAGGAUCAUGCUGUAUAAUACAGCGCAAUCAUAAGUAUACCAGUUUUGAGGUUAGAAUGCCUUGAUUCUUUGCACCUCUUUUUUACAAACCCUUAUCCUAAAUUACUAAUCAGUUGAGCAAGAGGGAGCAACUUUCUACAUACAGUAGGAGUCUGCAGCAUUUUUACUAUCCUGAUUGGCUGAGUCUGCUGCUGUUCCAAGUAAAAUAUUCUGAAUUCCAUUUUAUCAAUAAAGCUUGAUUUAACAAACCAGAAAUUUAAUCAUAUAUGUGUAAUUCCUCUUUUUUUUCCUGCCUUUUGAAAUUCUGUGCCAUUGUAAAUGAGAUUUCACAUGUGGAAAAAUAUUUUUAAAUAAUUGGUAGCCCAUUUUUAAAAUGGGGAGAACUUUGACCGUUGCCCAAGGCAUAGACAGACACUGGAGGAUGUAGUGGGUUUAAUCUGUUACUCUAUUUUACAUGGAUUUAUUUCAGGCUUUUCAUUUUUCACUGAGAUGAGCAUCAGUUUGAAUUUGCCUACUGUUUAAUGAAAAUACAUUUGUCAAAGCCUGACAAUCUUAACAUUUUAUGGUAUGUGUGUUUUUAAUUGACCCACUUAUUUAGAAUGAGAAACUAGUGGUUAAACAGUAUUUGUGAUUUGAAAUAUAGCAUGUUGACAAUAUGUAACUGUUGGUCAUUAAAAUUAAAUUCUAAUUUAAAAAUUUUAAGGGUAAUAAACAUAAACUAAAUUGACUUAAGCUUAACUUUCUCCCAUUGAACAUACAAAAAGUAAGUUUUCAAAUCAGUCGUGUUUGCAAAACUACUGUUUUGUGCACCUUGUAUUCUUGUCUUCUUAGGUUGAGGAUAUUGUGUUUGUUAUUAAUAUGUAGUUUACUUUAAUCAUUCAGUAGGCAGAGUCCCCAAAAGGAAAAUCAGUGAAAUAUAAGUAGCUUGUAACACUUACCACAACUAAACAAAAAAAAUCAAAACUUGGUGUAAAAUUACUUUUUGAUAGGAAAAUGUAGUACAAUGCGUUUUGCUAUAUUUGUCUUUUCCCUAACUUUGAAAUAUACAUAUUUGUAUAUAUAGCCUUAAAACUAAUGCAGAGUUAGGGAACUUUGAACAGUGAAAAAGUAACUUAUAGUGUCUCAGAAUUAAGUAUAGUAUAUACCAGCAAAAUCUUUCUUUUAUCCCUCUUGUUUCUGUGGGGUGCUUAAACGUAACUUCAUUGUAUUUAGUUUGUAAUCUGUUCAAGCAUGAAUGAAGAAACCAUAAGCACUAUUUGUAUUUAUAAAUUUAUAGCAAUUUUUGGUUAAAGAACCAAUUCCUUACCUACCUACAAAUAAAUGCUUAAAAUGUCUAAUUUUGUUGUAGAGUGCAAAACUAUAAUAAUGUCAUAAGUUAUAGCUUCGCAAGCACCUAAUUAACAAAUGUAUUUAAUACUACACAGUAUGCUAGUACAGAAAGCUAAACUUAUUUUUAGGAUUAGGCAGAUAAAGUUCUGUUCUUUACUUUUCUACAUAGACUAAAGUUUAGUUCUCGAAACUGCAAAACCUUGAACUGGACUGUGGAAACUUUGAGACCUAAAAUCUUAAAAAAUCACAAGCAAAAUUGUGGUGGAAAGCCAUACUUCAAAUAUAAUCACUUAAAAUGUGUCAUAAUGACAUGCUGUGUACUAAAAGCAUUUUCAUCUGAGACCCUCUUCCUAAAAAUAUAAACAUAAUUCUUCUGCUAUUGCUACCAGUGCUGUAACUAGGUUUGGAGGUAAAGGAGGAAUGUCUAUUGCAAUCCUUCCUUUUUCUGCCUUACGUUCAGCACUUUUGUGUGGUCAGAGCACUGAGUCUAAUAUAUGUGCAUAAACACUGCCAUUCUAGGUACAGAUUUUGAUUACAAAAUACAUGUAUUAAGUACAUUAAAACAUUCUUGCAAAGGA